UUAUUAUCAAAAUAUAUAUUAUAUGUCAGUAUUAAUUUGCAAGACUUAAAUGUAAAUUUCUAUAUGCAGCUGACAGCUACUUUGCGAAACUUGGCUGACUUACCUUCGGCAAGACGCCAACUCAUUUGCAGUGGCGCAGUCUCUGAGCUCUCUGUGGCGCUAGAGCAGCGUGUGAAUGAUAAGGAUGUAUGCACCUAUGUUGUCAGGAUAUUCAGCAAACUUUCUUCCUACAAUGACUUCUGUGCAGCUUUAGCAGACUGCUCCAGAUGUUACUUCUUAUUUUUAGCCCUACUAAAAAAACACCAGAAGCAGCAGGAUUUGGUUAUCCGUAUCAUCUUCAUUCUUGGUAAUUUAACAGCAGAGAAUAACCAGGCCCGUGAGCAAUUUUUUAAAGCAAAAGGAAGUGUUAACACCUUGAUGUCAUUAUUCCAAACCUACUAUGACCUUGAUUUGAAUGCACAAAAAUGGUACCAUGAAAGAGGAGGGGAAGGAAAAACCCACCCAAAGCAUCCUUCAGAAGCAGAAGAUGUUCUGAUAAAACUGAUAAGAGUGCUGGCCAAUCUCUCCAUUCAUCCCAGCGUAGGAGCAGCUCUGGCAACUGCCCAUUGUGUUGUAGAUUUACUUGUUACAGUACUAGAGUACAAGUCAGUUGAUGACUGUGAGGAGUUGGUCAUCAAUGCUGCAACAACAAUCAACAAUUUAUCCUUCUACAAAGUGAAGAGUUCUGCUGUUCAAGACAAGAAGCUACACAUUGCUGAAAUGCUUUUAAAGCUGUUAAUGAGCAACAAUAUGGAUGGAGUUGUGGAGGCUGUCAGAGUCUUUGGCAAUCUUUCCCAGUAUCAUGAGAUCUGUGACUUCAUCAUACAGAAGAAGAUAUACAAGUUCAUGAUUGCUUUACUUGAUGCCAAGAACCAAGAUGUCUGUUUUUCUGCCUGUGGAGUUCUGCUCAAUCUCACAGUAGAUAAGAACAAACGAGCUCUUCUGAUGGAAGAAGGAGGAAUUGGAAAGUUAGUUGACUGUUUACAAGACUUUGGGCCGGCUGACUGGCAGCUGGCUUGUUUGAUAUGCAAAACCUUGUGGAACUACAGUGAAAACAUCACAAGUGCGGCCUCAUGCUUUGGAGAAGAUACCGACACGUUACUGGUGCUGCUCACAUCACUCUUAGAUGAAGAGCUAGCGUUGGAUUACAGCCUCGACAGAGAUUUAAGGGACUACCACAAACUAUAUUGGGAAAGGGAGUUCAAACCUGUGGCAGAAAAACUGCUUGACAGAAUUCAAAGCCAUCACUCCUUUCUUCCAACUGUGACGAUUACUCCAUUUUAA